AUGUCUCGAUUUUUCCAUGGCGACAGCUCUAGUGAGAGCAGCUCUUCUGAUGAAGAGGAGCUCUACUCUGAGGAGGAAGAGAAAUCAGACUCCGAAGCUGAAGACUCUUCCAAUGACGACAACGACUCAUCAAGCGAGGACGACGAUGGAGUUAAAAAAAGUGGUGCAAAUCGAUUCAUGAGAGAUGCAGACUCUGAGAGCGAAGAAAGUAGCGAUGAGGAACGAGCUAAAGUCGUGAAAAGUGCCAAAGAUAAGAGACAGGAAGAGCUUGAAACUACUAUCAAAGCUAUUGAAAAUGGCCAGAAAAUUAACGACUGGGGGGCAAUUUCUACGGAGUUCGAUAAGCUGAAUAGGCAGGUCGCAAAACUUGUUCAGUCAGAGAUUGCUCCUAAGCAAUAUAUCAAGGCCUUGUCUGAACUAGAAGAUUUCAUGAACGAGGCCAUAGCAAAACAAAAAGUCACAGUACGAAAAAUGACCGCCACAAACGCUAGAGGAUUGAAUGCUGUAAAACAGCGAAUAAAAAAGAUACUUAAAGAAUUUCAAAAAGAAAUUGACGCCUACAAAGCUGAUAAGGAAGGAUAUAUGGAAUCAGAUGAGGAAGAAGUUCUUGCUCCAAGGGUUAAAAAAUCCAAAUCUACAUCUGGCGUUCCAAUAGCUGAAUUCGAUGAUGAUGAUGAGGGGUUCUCAACGGUCGGUAAAGGAGGACGCACUCUACAAUUUACAUCAGAGAGUAUCCUGAAGCAUCUCAGGACCAUCUUGGAGUCUAGGGGAAAAAAGAACACCGAUCGGACUGAACAAAUAAAGAUAAUGGAAAAACUCUAUGACGUUGCCACCACUCCGUAUCAACGUAUCCGAGUAUUACUAACUCUUAUCUCGACGCGAUUUGAUCUCACAUCUGGCAUACAAAAUUUUAUGCCUCAGGAACAAUGGAAGGCUGCUGAACAAGAAUUUGCGAAACUCAUUGAAGUGCUUGAAGAAAAUCGAGGGCUUAUUGUCGUUGAUGAUGCUGAGGAGUGGGAUGAUGACGAUAAGCAGCCCGUCUUAAAAGAAGGAGAAAAAUUCAAGAUCCCCGGAAGUAUAGUCGCUUACGUAGAGAGACUCGAUGAUGAACUCACCAGAUCACUACAGCAAAUCGACCCCCACACUUCGGAAUACAUCGAGCGCCUAUCAGAUGAGAGCUUUCUGUACAAUAACAUUGUUCGAGCUUUAAUAUAUGUGGAAAGUCUCGGGGUUGACGAGAAAUCUCCUAUAACCCAAGAUAGUCUUAAUCGAAUAGUAAUGAGGAGACUUGAACACGUCUACUUCAAGCCCUCUACUGUCGUGAAAAUACUGGAAGAAAAUUGCUGGAAAAAUAUACCCGUAGGUCUCGACUCCAAAAUCACACCCAGGGAUACCAUUAUCGAUGCAACAACUCUUGUCAACCUUCUUUGUAACUUUCUUUUCACAACCAGCGAAAGUAUUCAUCGUGCUCGAGCCAUGCUUUGUCAGAUCUAUUUCUUGGCCCUGCACGACAAUUAUUACAAGGCUCGUGAUAUGAUGCUCAUGUCUCAUCUACAAGAGAGCAUCAAUGGUUUUGAUGUUCAUAGCCAAAUUCUAUUCAAUCGCACACUUGUUCAGGUUGGACUUUGUGCAUUCCGAGCUGGCCUUGUAUAUGACGCUCAGACAACACUCCAGGAAAUAUGUGGUAGUGGUCGACAAAAAGAGUUACUAGCUCAAGGGGUUAUGAUCCAGAGAUACAACCAAGUUUCACCCGAACAAGAACGUCUUGAACGUCAGCGACAGCUACCCUUUCACAUGCACAUAAAUUUGGAACUACUGGAAUGCGUUUACCUUACUUGUAGCAUGUUACUCGAGAUUCCACUGCUUGCACAAACUGGAUCAUCACCUGACGUUAAAAAAAGAGUUAUCAGUAAAACUUAUCGACGCAUGCUCGAAUACCAUGAGCGUCAAAUAUUUACCGGUCCUCCAGAAAAUACACGAGACCAUGUGAUGCAAGCUUCUAAAGCAUUGGCAGCUGGUGAAUGGAAGAAGUCGACCGAAUUUAUUCAUUCGAUAAAGAUUUGGGAACUAAUAGCGAACUCAGAAUCUAUCAAGAUAAUGCUCUCGGAACAAAUUCAAGAAGAGGGUCUUCGAACGUACCUAUUUACUUAUGCCCCAUUCUACGAUACGCUUUCCGUGAGCACUCUAGCAACUAUGUUCGAGCUCUCAGAACGAAAGGUAGCCGCCAUCGUCAGUCGGAUGAUAAGUCAUGAAGAGCUUGCCGCUGCUCUAGAUCAAGUUAGCUCUUCCAUAACCUUACGAAAGGGUGUUGAGCUUAGCAGGCUCCAGAGCUUAGCAUUGACCCUUGCUGAUAAAGCAAGUGGACUUAUCGAAAGUAAUGAAAGGACUCUCGAAACUAGAACACAAGGUACAGCCAACGCAUUUGAGCGACAGGGUGGCCGAGGAGGGCGUGGUGUUAACCGUGGCGGGCAGCGGGGAGGCCGGGGCGGCGGUCGUGGUGGCGCUGGGGGAGCCGGUGGGGGAUCGAAUAUGCCACGACAAGCUGGGGGAACUCAGUUCACGGGUGGAGCACUCGGGGCAGCUGUAAGAGCCUGA